GAUAUUUAAUCGAGAAAAAAUGCUGGAAGAUUUUCUCGAAAUCUCUUCAUUGAUUCCUCAUUCUCUUUCUUUCUGCUUCAUCUUCUUCUUCUUCUCCUUCCUUUCACCUGAAAUUCUCAAUCUCACUCUCACUUCCUCCCCUCUCUAACUAAUUUGAUCACCUUCCAACAUUCUUCCCUUCCACGUUUCACAGGACUUCCACCAUUGUACAUUGAUCAAUUCAAUUUUGCAAAACACAACUAUUCUGAAAAUUUCACAACUUCGCGUCGUUAGCCUUUGAAUUACGACUUGGGUUGUUACAAAAUCGAACGAGAUUUCUGCAAUUCGGGUCUCUAAUUUUGGUUUUGCUGGGUGAAAUUAGGGUUUGCGACAACCAGAAUUGGGGGGAAGAAGGAGAUCUGGGGUUUAGGUCAACGGAAUUGGAGGUUCCGAGGAUGAUCGGGUUAUUAGUUUACUAAAAAAAAUCGACGGUUUGGAUCUGAUCGGAGGAGAGACAGCGCCACGGGAUGGCGCUGUUCCGUCGCUUCUUCUACAAGAAGCCUCCCGAUCACCUUCUCGAGAUCUCCGAGCGUCUCUACGUUUUUGACUGCUGUUUCUCGAGCGAUGUUAUGGGAGAAGACGAGUACAAACUCUAUUUAGGCGGCAUCGUCGCUCAGCUACAGGAUCAUUUCCCUGAUGCUUCUUUCAUGGUGUUCAACUUCAGAGAAGGAGACCAGCGGAGUCAAAUAUCAGACGUGCUGUCUCAGUACGACAUGACGGUUAUGGACUAUCCUCGGCACUACGAGAGCUGUCCGCUUCUACCUCUCGAGAUGAUCCAUCACUUUCUAAAGUCUAGCGAGAGCUGGUUAUCUCUGGAAGGUCAACAAAACGUUCUGUUGAUGCAUUGCGAAAGAGGCGGCUGGCCUGUUCUCGCCUUCAUGCUGUCAGGGCUGUUAUUGUACAGGAAGCAGUAUCAGGGCGAGGUGAAGACUCUUGAGAUGGUGCACAAGCAAGCUCCCAAGGAGCUUCUUCAUCUGUUGUCUCCUCUAAACCCGCAGCCUUCUCAGCUCAGAUAUCUUCAGUACAUUUCUAGAAGAGAUCUGGGAUCUGAUUGGCCUCCUUCGGACACGCCUCUUCUUCUGGAUUGUUUGAUUCUCAGAGAUCUCCCACGUUUUGAAGGGAGGGAAGGGUGUAGACCGAUUGUGAGGGUUUAUGGUCAGGACCCUAAGGCCAAAGCCAACAGGAGUUCAGUAGUUCUGUUUUCCACACCGAAGACAAAGAAACACACUCGCCUUUACCAACAGGAAGAGUGUAUCCUGGUGAAGUUAGAUAUCCAGUGCCGUGUUCAAGGGGAUGUUGUUCUGGAAUGUAUACACUUGCACGAUGAUUUGGUGCGUGAAGAGAUUAUCUUUAGAAUCAUGUUCCACACGGCGUUUGUGCGCGCUAAUAUAUUAAUUGUCCAACGCGAAGAGAUGGAUAUACUGUGGGACGCUAAGGACCAGUUCCCAAAGGAGUUUAAGGCAGAGGUACUUUUCUCUGGUGCUGAUUCUGUGGUGCCUAUUAUCGCAACAGCUCCAGUGUCAGAUGAUGAUGAGAACGAUUUUGAUAUGGCUUCACCUGAUGAGUUUUAUGAGGUGGAGGAGAUUUUUAGCGAUGCGGUUGAUGGGCAUGAGUUGAAGAGAGGGGACUCAGAUGGUUUUGUGGUUGUUGAUAGUGCUUCAGAUGAUUCUGAGGGUAAAGAGGUGUGGAAGGGGGAUGUAGAACCCAGUGCGUUUCUAGAUUGUGCAUCUGAUGAUUCAAAUCAUAAACAUGAGGCUAGCGCAGAUCCGGUUAAAGACAUCACUGUUGAUGAUGUACAGUAUAGGUCUGACGGGACCAGUGUUGACUCAGUGAAGGAUAUAGGAAUAGACGAUGGUGAUGAGCAGCGUAAGAGAAGGACCAUGGAGGCAAAGGAAAAUGAUUCUAGAACUGUAGAGACUCAACACAAAGGUGAUGGAGAAGGCAAUGGUUUGGAUCCUACAACUCAAAAAACAGAUACCAUAUCUGAGAAAGCGCAAGCUAAACCAAGGAAACAGGUGGGAGCAAAUGCAAAACUGGCUGGGGAUGCACUGAAACCAAAGUCUAAUGUAAGAAUGGCUAAGCCUAAUGCAGUUUCUCGAUGGAUUCCUUCAAACAAGGGCUCGUAUAAAGACUCUAUGCAUGUGGCGUAUCCACAUACGAGGAUUAACAGUGCCCCAGCUUCGAUUACUACUUCUCUCAAGGAUGGUAAAAGAGCUACAUCACCUGAUGGGGUGGUUACAAAGGAUGCUAAGAGUAAAAAUCUGAGAGCGUCUGUUUCUUCACCAGAUGUCAGGAGUCGAGCUCCAAGUUGCUUAUCACCAGAGUUUAGCCCAAAGGAAAAGCCGCCUUCUCUGCCUGCCUCUCCACAUUAUGCGCCUCCACCACCUCAGCAUUCACAUGCACCUCCAGAGCAACCUUCUCUAACCAGUGAGGCUGCAUCACCUCCUCCGCCUCCACCUCCACCGCCUACUUACUCUUCACCGAGCCAAAAUGACAGCUACUCUCAAACAUCUCAGAUCCCACCACCACCACCACCUCCUCCAUUUGCAUCUAAGAGACCAAACAGUGGAAGCAUGUUGCCUCCACCACCACCUCCUCCUCCUUUUGCAUCUGAGAAACCAAAAACUGGAACCGUGUUGCCUCCACUGCCACUGUCUCCACCUUGGAAGUCUGUGUUUACCUCAGCUUUGGCAACUCCUAAGACAUGUUCCACUUCUCAACCUCCUCCACCACCACAAACCAGCAGCCACUCUCAAACAUUUCAGCUCCCAUUGCCACCACCUCCUCCACCACCACCUCCUUUUGCAUCUGUUAGGCGAAACAGUGAAACCAUGUUGCCCCCUCCACCACCUCCUCCACCGUGGAAGUCUGUGUAUACUUCAACUCUUGAAACUCAUGAGGGAUCUACAUCUUACAAUUUUCCACCGCCACCACCACCACCACUUCCUCCUUUUAGCUCAUCAAAAGAAAAUGGAGAUCACGUUACUCCUUCCUCGCUGCCUUAUUUGAGUAAUGCACCUUCGCCAUCACCCAAGUCAUCUCCUAUCAACGGCUUUUCUGCUCCUCCACCUCCUUUUAGUAAGCCACAUUCAGUCCCUCCACCUCCGCCACCGAGUUAUGGAUCUCCAACCCCACCUCCUCCUCAACCACCGAGUUAUGGAACUCCUCCUCCACCACCCCCUCCUUUUGGUAAAACUUCACCUCCGCCACCACCACCACCUCCUCCAUUUGGAUCUAGUGGUCCUCCCCCACCACCACCACCUCCUCCAUUUGGAUCUAGUUGUCCUCCGCCACCACCUCCUCCUCCAUUUAGAUCUGGGGGACCACCGCCUCCACCUCCUCCACCUAUGGGUGCUCCACCUCCACCACCUCCUCCAAUGCAUAGAGGAGCCCCACCACCACCACCUCCUCCAAUGCGUGGAGGAGCCCCACCGCCACCACCUCCUCCUAUGCUUGGAGGAGCCCCACCGCCACCACCACCUCCUAUGCGUGGAGGAGCCCCACCGCCACCACCUCCUCCUAUGCUUGGAGGUGCCCCACCGCCACCACCUCCUCCAAUGCGUGGAGGAGCCCCUCCUCCGCCUCCGCCUCCUGGUGGCAGAGCUCCUGGGGGACCGCCGCCUCCACCACCUCCAGGCGGCCGUGCUCCUGGUCCACCUCCCCCUCCUGGGCCAAGACCUCCAGGUGGUGGACCUCCUCCGCCUCCUGGACCAAGACCUCCUGGUGGUGGACCUCCAGAUCUUAAGGGUGCAGGAAGAGGGCGUGGUCUUUCACGUCCAGGUUUGGGGUCUUCAGCUCAAAAAAAGUCUUCCCUGAAGCCACUACACUGGGUUAAAGUAACAAGGGCCUUGCAAGGAAGCUUAUGGGACGAGUUACAGAGACAAGGACAAACUGCACCAGAGUUUGAUGUAUCAGAAAUAGAGACCCUUUUCUCUGCUAUAGUGCCAAAACCGGUUGAUAAAUCUCGAAAAAAAUCAGUUGGAGCAAAGCCUGAAAAAAUUCAACUGAUUGACCUUAGGAGAGCCAAUAACACGGAGAUUAUGCUUACGAAAGUAAAGAUGCCACUGCCUGAUAUGAUGGCUGCAGUUCUGGCAAUGGAUGAUACUGUACUAGAUAGUGAUCAAAUAGAGAAUCUUAUAAAGUUUUGUCCAACCAAGGAAGAGAUGGAACUUCUAAAGAACUACACUGGUGACAAGGCAGUCUUGGGAAAGUGUGAGCAGUACUUCCUAGAGCUAAUGAAGGUGCCACGAGUAGAAUCGAAGAUGAGAGUAUUUUCGUUCAAGAUUCAGUUUGGCACUCAGAUAACAGAGUUCAAAAAAAGUUUAACUGCGGUAAAUUCUGCUUGUGAGGAGGUCAGAUGCUUGCAAGAAUUUACUCUACUUUUUGUGUUAGUCCAUAUGUAUGUAUCUUUCUUAUACUUAUUCUCCUCGUUGCUUGUUUAUCAGGUCCGUACUUCGCCAAAGCUAAAGGAAAUUAUGAAAAAGAUUCUUUACCUGGGGAACACAUUGAACCAAGGAACUGCGAGGGGAGCUGCAGUGGGAUUCAAAUUGGACAGUUUAUCAAAAUUAAGCGAUACACGUGCUGCUAACAGCAAGAUGACUCUCAUGCACUAUCUUUGCAAGGUCCUUGCUUCCCAGGGAUCAGAUCUACUGGACUUCCCAAAGGAUCUUGAGAGUCUUGAAUCAGCUUCAAAGAUACAAUUGAAAUCGCUGGCUGAGGAAAUGCAAGCUAUAAUCAAAGGGUUGGAGAAACUCAACCAGGAGCUCAAUGCAUCCGAAAGUGAUGGUCCAGUUUCUGAAGUUUUCCGCAAAACAUUGAAGGACUUUAUCUCCGUUGCAACGACUGAGACAGCAGCUGUAACGAGUCUUUACUCGGUCGUGGGAAAUAAUGCUGAUGCACUUGCGCACUAUUUUGGCGAGGAUCCCAAGCGUUGUCCAUUUGAACAAGUUACUGCGACCUUAUUAAAUUUCAUAAGGUUGUUUAAGAAAGCACAUGAAGAGAACAUCAAGCAAGAGGAAUUGGAGAAGAAGAAAGCCGCUAAGGAAGCUGAGAUGGAGAAGGAGAAGGAGAAGGAGAAGGCGAAAGGAGUCAAUCUGACAAAAACAGCAGAUGAUGAUGAUAGCUGACCGAAAAGAAAAAAAACUUAAAUCCGCCUUUUAAUCUCUCAAGCAAAACCAAGAUGGUUUUUGAUGGCAGCAGAGACGGUGGUGCUGUUCAUGUAAACUUUCCACAGAGUGGCACAGGGCGGUUAAAACACGACUGGAUCCUACAGGGAGAGCUAUUCGCCAGGGCGGGGCUAUCGAGGGAACUAUUAGAAGAUGUAGAGGCAGGUCUUUCCUCCACUCUCACGUUAACAUGAGUGACACCAUAUUGAUUAAUUCUAACUUGUACAUUCUUUGCUUUUCCUGAUUAUUAGAGGAAGUUUUGAUAGAUUGAAAUGUUGUAUAGGUUUCAGGUAGAGAGAGAGAUAGAGAGAGUGUGUAACUUUGUAUCUACACGAUAUCAAUGUUCUUUAAAUACCUUUGAAAGCA